UUCCUUAAACUCCACUAAAGCAUUUCACUGUAAUAGUUUAAUCUUCAAUCCUCCAUUAUGUCCAACUUUUUCUUUCUCACGGCUUUCUUUGCAGUUCUCAGCAGGAUCUCUCUGACUUUUGUGUCCUUUCAGUUUUUCCGCCAGAUUUAAUUCCAUUAGAUCCCAACUUUCCCACCAGUUUUCUUGCCAACCAAACACGCCGUGCGAGAGAAUCUCGCUUUCUUCUUUGUUUUCCGACAUGGGUUUGUGUUCAAACCGUUCAAAACGCCCCAUUUUGGUAGCCCUUUUCGCUGUUUUGGCUCUGUCUCCGAUCUUUGCUCAGGCGGCCUUUGUUGAUAGGGAGGAUGAAGAUUUAGGUCGGUCAAUUAAAGAUCUGGGCCGCCGUGGCAUGAUUAUCAGAACAAACCUUGACACUGAUAUUACUGCAAUUGGUUAUAAUCUCAACUCUGGUCUUGGAGUAUUUGAUGCUUUUGUUGCAAGUUUUUCAAUGAUUCUUGUCAGCGAGAUCGGAGAUGAAACUUUUAUAAUAGCAGCUCUGAUGGCGAUGCGUCAUCCCAAGUCAACUGUUUUGUCAGGUGCUCUUACUGCCCUGAUUGUUAUGACUGUGCUUUCUACUGGACUUGGUAGGAUUGUGCCAAAUUUGAUAUCAAGGAAGCAUACCAAUAGAGCAGCUACAGUUCUUUAUGCAUUUUUUGGGUUGCGGUUACUUUACAUAGCUUGGAGAUCAGAUCCAAAAUCAAGUCAGAAAAAGGAAAUGGAAGAAGUGGAAGAAAAGCUUGAGGGUGGGCAGGGGAAAUCAACCAUCCGCCGCUUCUUUACCAGAUUUUGUACACCAAUCUUUUUGGAGUCAUUCAUUUUGACGUUUUUAGCCGAGUGGGGAGAUCGGAGCCAAAUAGCAACAAUUGCUUUGGCAACACAUAAAAAUGCCGUUGGAGUGGCAGUAGGUGCCAUGAUCGGACACACAAUCUGUACAUCAUUGGCAGUGGUGGGAGGAAGCAUGCUAGCAUCAAAGAUCUCGCAGCGCACAGUUGCUACAAUUGGAGGCUUGCUCUUCCUUGGCUUUUCCUUGUCUUCAUAUUUCUAUCCUCCCCUAGAAGAGUGACCAAUUCUUGUAGGUUAACCUGAUUCUUUAAGGGCAACUAAGCGCUUGAAAUUUUCCCUCACUUUUUUUUCUUUUUUUUUCAUUUUCCUAUUUUCUAGUCACAAAAUCUAAAUGGGUCUUUAUACUAAUUGGUUAAACACCAGAAAACUUUCUCUUAUUCUUUUGUAUAAUUAGCAUAAGAAAUUAUAACUCAGAUGUUUUCUUUUUUU